GAAACUUUCCGUAUUUCAUGGUGGAAAAAGUCGAAGUUGUUACCAAAGCCGCGUAACACAGCUUGUAAAAAUUAAUCAUAUCUAUGUGUAGCAACCAUGGGUCUUGAUGAGAUGAACGAUACGCAGCGGAGGCUGCUGCAUCCCCUCGUAAGGUUAAAGCGGAAAACAUCCCAGGAAUCCUUGGGAAGUUUCGUUGAAUUGGUCGCCGAUUUGUCAAAGCUGUAUAUGGACUUCGCUCAAGGAUUGCAUCAAUUGGAAACGCGGGCUGAAUAUUCCUGUUUUUUAAAUGGUCUUUUUAAUGCCAACGCCAUAGAGGCGCUUCGUGGAACUAGAUGUGAUCCAUCUAUCCCAGAUGAAGCCGUGGUCGAUAUAACCAAGGAACAAAAGGGGAUGUCGUUAGUAUGGAAGGCGCUUUUUAAUGUCAUAUCCAAAACACGCAAAGAUACUGCGGAUUUGUCAUCGUUACUCAGUGGUAGUAUAUUAGAUCCGUUAAACAAUUUUAUCUCUGAAUUCAAUGAGGGAUUCCAUGAACCCGUGGAUGAGCUUGAGAUGAACGAUGUGCUCAACUUUAUACCGAAUCUCAAGACGCUUAAACAUAUGCCGGGCUUUCACCAUUCAGGGGCGCGUAAGUACGUAGAGAAUGUGCUGAAGGCAUAUAAGGAUCUCCAGCAUGCCCUGGAGUAUGAAAAGGAGGUUGUAGCGGAAGCGGAUGGUUUACACCGUGGUAAAUCACAGGCCAAGGCUGUCAACAAAACUGUGAAAGCAAAGAUAUCAUUGGGGAAGCAUAUCCAGAUGCUCUUUGAGCAGGCACCUGAAAUGAAGAUACUUAUAACCAAAGGGGUUUCCAGGGAAACCAUUGAACAGCUGGCAUUAUCAAAGUUCAAGAAAUCGUGUGCAAUCAAUGAAGAGGUACAUACCGAUCCCGUUGACUUCCACAUACGCUUUUGCGGCAUGGAACGCAAGAGAUUGGCCAUGUUCUCGUCAUGCUUCCAGAUAUUCGUGGACGCCCUAGUUAAAUACGACAGGAAUUCAUAUGAAAACUUGCACGAGCUCUACAAGGCAGUGGUUGACUUCUCUCCGGAGAUGGAUUAUAACUGGUUUGAAGCCCGAAUUUUGGGCACCCAGGUAUCGGAGAUAUCAACCCACACAAGGAUGCCAGAGGAUAUGUGGCUUCCAAUGGAGUUUGAAGUUCUAGAAGACUUCAUACCAGACAAGGAGCCAACAUUAGCAGAAGCAUUGCAGGAGGCAGUUGGUAAUAAUACCCAGCAAGACGAUGAAACGGCUACAGUAAUUGAUGAAAGUGAUACAAGUCAUGAAUCUAAGAAACACCUGGCGCUGCCAGUACCGCGUUUUGUUCGUGUUAUAUCCAAUGCAAUAUCAAGGGUUAGUUCAGUAACAUCUGAUUUGCGGCAGCGUUCGCGCGAGCCAUCUCCUGACAGCGUCCAAAUGGAGGCUACUGAAAUCCAUGUUGAGGAGGUAGUGAAUGAGUCAAGGAUUACUAAUAACCCCGAUAGCACAAUCGUGAAGGACAGUUCCAUGGAAAGCCAGGACCUAGAGCGCAUUGAAACUAUAACGACACCGAUACAACCAGGAGUUGCACCGGGUCUUGGUGCGGUGCUAGAGGAAACUGUACAUACAGAGGAAAAUACAGAAUACCAAAUGCUAAGGUCGUUUAACUCAUACGGAGGAAGUGGCAAAAUAAGCUCACAUAUACGGACUAGUUCGAUCACGAAGCUGAUGCUAGUUGAUGUAGAAGAGAAGCAUGAGUCACGGCUAAUGAGUAGCGUACAUAAAUUCUAUCGGAGGAAUAGGAAAUCAAAUCGUAGAAGCAGUAGUGAGCUGCCAAGCUAUGUGAGUAACCUGUCUAUACCACUCUUCAGUGGAAGAAAGGCGGAUAAGAGGAAGGAUAUACCAAGCAACAAAGCAGAAGAAAGUGGUGCACAAAUGGUUAUAUCAGAGGGUGGCACACUGGAAAGUACAGUGAGUAACAUGAAUGUAUCAUCCAACAACCCGGAUACACCAUUUAACGCUGCAGUAACUAUUGAUACAGAGACUAUAAAAACCACCAGGGACAUGUUGGAGCAUACCCUAAAGCGUUCUGAUGAGUACUUCCUGGGGGUACAUCAUCAAUAUGAUAUUAGUCUGGACACAGAAUAUAACAUUGGUAUGGAUAUAACAACUCUAUACAACACGCCACAUAAUAGGUAUCCAUUUGAGAUACGGGCUAAACCAGUUAUUGUGAAUAGAACCCCGACAGAGCACAAAACUGUUAGACCGAGUAUUAGGGGUAUAUUCCACCCAGCUACUAACAAGGUUGUAACACCAGAUAUCCCGGAGCCCAUCGAGCCUACCAGCGUGUUGAGAUUAGUGUAUUACCUAGAAGACAUGAACAUGAAUCAGCGCCAAUGGGAUAUGGUUGGUCUUGAAACUUUGCUGUUACUGCACAAGCACUUGUCUCGUUACCUGUGCCACCCAUGCCUGUCUAACGAUACCGAUAAUCAAAUGAGGGAGUUUUUGCUUACUAACCUAGGGGUCCUGGAGAACAUCGUGGUGAGGAUACGAACCCUAAUCGAUAUAAUGAGAAAGAAUCUCGCUAUCCAUCAGCAGGAGUUUGACGUCAUAGACGCACUGAUUACCCCAAGGGACUCCUUCGUCACCCCGACGCCUAACGUCGCCAUCCAUGAAAUGGAUCUUCGGUAUAGGCUACUACUGCUCAUAGACUCGUGCAGGAAAAAUGACAUAUCGAUAUCAGCAGAAAGACUAUUCGAUUUGCCAGAAUUUAAAGCGUUUGUACUUAGGCAGAUAUACCUAAUUAAGCUAGGGUUAGUACAGAAGCUUGCCAGGGUCAUACGCAGGAUACCAACACUACAAGGGGAUAUAUCAUCAAAGUGGCCAUCAGCCAUUGAAUCUGACAAUCCAAUGCAGAUGCUAAAUUUGAAGUUUACCUUCGCGGAUAAUGCUGACAUAGAGCUUAUAGCCAACAAAAUCUUGACACUACUCUGCGACUGCAUAGGUACACUGAAUGUACUCCAGAAAGUAUCACAAAGCAAUAGAUGGGGAAUUGAGUCGGUAUUAGAUACCAACUACAGGUCGCCGUACGACCAGCUAAAGGAAGUGUUGGACUCUAGUGUACAGAUCGAGGCUUUGGACCAUGAUCUCACGGAGUUGUUACCCAUGGUAACCAAUAAACCUGUAGAGGCCCCUGAGAAAGUGGAUAAUAGCGCUACUGCGGGACAGCAGGAUAGCAUUAUAGAUGAGGUAGCGCGAAUAACGCGCAGGAUUAGUGCCAGGCUAUUGGGGAAGCCGGACUCAGGAUUACCAUCGAUAAACUCAGAUGGAAGCCCGGUGCGUAAUAUUACGAUGGCCGAUGCAAAUACCCACUUCUGUACACCAAUGGAAAUAUUCGAAGAUGAACAGAUAUCAGUUCUCCAUCGCAUUAAUAACAGGAGGGGCUGCUUCAAGAAGUGUAUCGCCAGGCGUCACUCCAGGAUGUCGGACCUACAGCCAACUUAUGUGAAUCCCUACUUUAUCCAACCACUAGAGGAUACUCCACUGUCACAAUGCUGGCGAUUUGAGGAUGUGGUUAUUAUGAAGAUAGCAUAUAGUUACCAUAACAUAUUGUCGGAUUCCCUGAGGCAUGGUGAGUGGCCUAUAACGUUUACAACGAUAGAGUACGUAACCCACUUUAUGGCCACUGGGCACUUGACUAACUUCUAUCUCUACAAAAGCAACGUGCCAGACACCACGAGUAUAUGCACGCUAUUCCACGCUCUGCUGAGCAUAAAUGGGCUAUACAAGCAUGAACUAAACAGCCCGAAAAUAUCAAGUGGUGGCAGAACAUCUAUAUACAGUAAGGAUAUCGCAAAGGAGCAUUUCUCUAUACUACAGGUACAUAAUAAUAUAUCACUGUUCCCGAAGGUAAUGGGUGAAUUGGACGUAUACCUGCAAUUGGAUGUCAGAGAAGCUACAUCCAAGGUAAAAGCAAAUUAUGUCACGCCAAAGUACUGUUCAAUGCAGUUUUCAUCAUAUAUGGAUGCCACCAAUGCAGGCGACUGGGUAGUGGCAACAAAGAAAACAUUAAACACUGUACAAACGAACCGUGCCAUUUAUAAGGUACAGCUACUACUUGUGGACUCUAUAUGCCAUAACUUAAAAGUGUUCUCCAAAGCCAGUGAACCCAGCUCUCUGUCACUGGUUAAUGCCACAUCAACUCAGAGCUUGAUAAACAGUAUAUUGUUACUUAGGGCCGCGACGCAAGAUUUCAGGCUAGCACUCCUAGAGCAACUCAUGAACGUUAAGCCGGCAGAUGGCGAUAUGAACCUAGCGUUCAAGCUAUCACUCUAUGUACUGAUAGACCGGUUGUUGUACCAAGAUGAUCUCUAUACGAGCUUCACAGAUGUAGGACCACUGGACACUCCAUCGUUGCUAGAGGUCUGCCAGAAGGACCUCAACAUGAACAACGUACUUCGUAGGAUUGUUGUAAAUCAAGCUGAAAAUGCAAUAAGCGAUAUUUUCUCGAAGAUUGAGCAGUUUCAAGUUAGUGAUAUUGACGAAUUAGCCGCUAGUGUUAUCGAGAACAUGGUGACCGUGAUUAAGGAGUGGCUGGCGCUGUCCAACGUGUGGGAUGAUUUCUUACCCAUGGGUGAUUUCAGUGUGUUGUUCACCAAUGCCUCUAUACAUUUCUUUAAGCUACAUAUCAAUAAAAAGCUAAUGAGGUCACUUGAUGUCUGCAAGGUCAUGCCAGCAGCGCAUAAGCUACGGUUGCUACAACGAGAAAUUGAAACCUCGAGGAUAUUCAAAGUCCAGUCUGAGAACCAAAACGAUGAAUUGAUUAAAGUGCUAAAGUUUGAUUUCUCACACGAGGGUCUCACUGGAAAUGAAUUGAUGUCUGAACAUAGCGAUAUUAUGGUGCUGAUCAGCAUGGCAGAACUUGAGAAGCGGUUCGUAGCUCUCAAGGAUGUUAUCACCAGAGGAAUGAAAAACGAAGAUUGGGUGCCAUUGGGGUCACAGAAACAUACACGUGCAGUAGUUGAUAUGGCAACAGUGCUUAACGCAACUGUUAACGCCAUUCUUAGCCUUAACAUACCACUGGAUAACCUAUUGCUGACAAUAACAGGUGGCUUGGAAGGUGCACUGAAUCACUACUUCGUUUGCGUUGCAGGCGCGAAAAUGAAGGAUAACCUUCACCAAGCCAUAACUAAGUUACGGGAAGAUGCAAUACAGUCGGUUAUCGACAUUGUGGCCAAUGUUGGAGGACCCAAUACAGUAGAUGACUUUAUGGUACGAAUGUGUAAUAUGGUAUACCUAUGCAACUGCCUAGUCGGGUGCCAAGAUAGUAUUGUGAAGUACUACCACCGGAUGCUGACCGAGCGAUGCGAAGACCAUGAAGAAGUACAUGAUAACCUGGAUACCAACCUAUAUCGCGAUUCUAGCAAAUUCUUCAGCUUCGACAUUGAUAGCUUUAGGUCAAUGAAGGAACUCGCGUUAAUACCCGCGUCGAAACGGCUUAUACAAAGGCAAUGUGAGUGGCACAUGAAAACACUGGCCAAGAUGUGUACUUUGAAGGCACUGCUGCCAACCGUAUCCAAAAUAUAUCAACCCGCAAUAUCAAGAGGGAAACGAGCAGUUGAUAUGCUGCCUAUUAUCCGUAGCCUAUGCUCACAAUUUGCUGAACUCGGUGAAUGCAGCAACACAGCUAUACAUUCCACUUUCAAAAUAGCAUUCCGCUGCCUUAUAUGCAGAAUGAGGACAGCAAGAAAGUACCCCCAAGAGUCAAUAUUGCUGAGAGAGGAUAUAGAAGCCUUGAAAAAAGAGGCUGUGGAGUACAAGCAGGACAUGAACGAUCUUGUGGCUGCAGCCAUAGAACUCGCCAAAUAACUAAAAACAGUUAAUAUAAUGGCUUCAUUGUUUGAUGAUGAUAUUUCAGAUAUGUUAGCGGCCGAUCCUGGCCCU